UGUAAAAGUGAGCGCACGGAGGGUCCAGGAGGAACAGAAAAGCCAACACACUGGGCUGUUCUCCAUGAUGGCGCAACAGACUCCUCUAAGCCGCCGCACCGUGGCUCCAUCAUUAUCAGAUUAUAACGGUCUACACUUCAUUAAAAACUAAUGGAGGCGGACAGCUGCUUCGAUCUUCAUUCAUGAGACUUUAGUAUGGAUGAUCAUGAAUCCCAGUCCCAUCCCAGGACCUCUGGUCUGAGGGUGUCGAGAAAAAGUAAAGCCCCAACCCCACCAGGUCCGAGGUUAGAUUCCCAAGGAUUUUCCCCCUGGCACCCAGGAAACCUUCAUUUAACCAUGGACCAGAAGGAGAACCUGCAAGACAAAGAACUUUCACUGACUGUGGUUCUGCCUGGAGGAGUGGAACAGAUGACAGUGGUUCAUGGAAGCAAACCCUUGAUGGAUCUCUUGGUGACACUUUGUGCAAAGUAUCACUUGAACCCAGCGAGCCACACCUUAGAACUGGUCACAGCCAGCAAGAACAGCAUCAAGCUGAAACCUAGUGCUCUCAUAGGGACUUUGGAUGCUGAGAAGAUCAUCCUGAAAACUAAAGGAGAGGAUAAAAAUAAAAAGACAGGUCCUCAGAUGCCUGAGGCAACUGUACGGAUGGUGAUAAACUACAAAAGGACCCAGAAAACUAUAUUGCGAGUAAAUCCCCGUGUUCCUCUUUCUGAGCUCUUACCAGCAAUCUGUGAAAAAUGUGAAUUUGACACAGAGACUACAGUUCUGAUGAAAGACGGCCAGUCACUGACCCCUUUAGACUUGUCCAGUUCUCUUAACGAUUAUGCAAUACGGGAGGUUUAUGCAAGAGACACAAAAGGAAAAGCAGCUUCUGCUCUUUGCCCAAGCUCACCAGCUGAUGCAGGAGCUGUCACACCAGGCAAAGCUAAAAACCAGAAAGAGGAGGAAAAUAAAGGACUGUUCAGCAUGUUUAGAAAAAGCAAGAAAAAGUCAGAGCAGCCAACAACAGCCAGUGCCCCCGGUUCUCCUGUACUCGUAAGCAAGCCUAGACCUCUGAGCAUGGCCUUGCCUUGUUCGAACUCCUCAAACUUUGUUGAGGGGCCAAAGAAGAGGCGCGCGCCUCAGCCCCCAAACCGGGUGUUUCAGAGGAGUCACUCGGACAUUGGCACCUCCCGGAGAUUCAGCUCUGAACCCGGUGCCCAACUUGACCAGAUGUCGGGUGCAAGUCGUGGGUCAUCGGCACAAUCGUCGCUAAAGAGAACCAAGCGCAAGGCUCCUCCACCUCCAACAUCUCCAAGUGCUGUCGUCCACAAUCCGGUUUCUCAGGAGGAACCUUCACAGGCGAUUACAGCUCCUAAAACACUGGAGGAGAUUAUGGAGAAGGAGGAGGUCACUUCAACGUCUGCAGCUCAUAAUGGCAUCCUGGAGGAGAACCGGAGCCUCAGCGUCUCACCGGAAGUGCAGUACUUGUCUCCAGAUAUUGCGAUGGAGAGCACAAAGUCAGUGGAGGGCGGGGAGGAAGAUCGAUCUGAUCAACCCUCGGAUGGCAUUCAGAUCCAGGUGAAGGAUUCUGCAGUUGCAAGUGAAGCGGGAAAAUCUAAUGAGACUGAUGAGGCAACAAACAAUGGUUGUCAAAUUCAGAUUGAAGAUCCAAACAAACCUACCAUUUCUGAAGGACCACCGUCUGAUGCCACUGACAAUCAGAUCAACAGCCUGCCCCCAACUGUCACGCAGGAUGCAGAGACUUCUGUUCAGACAAACACUGACGCCCCACAGGAACAAUAUGAGCAAUUGGACAGUUUAGAGCCCCAAAGCAUAUCGAGACCCACGGGAGAGGAUGCUCAAGUCCAAACGGAUUUUGAAGAUUUUCCUGCUCCUCCACCGCAAUCCGCAGACAACAGGCCCGCAUCAGAAAACUCUUCCUCAUCCCACACCUCGGAGACUCCUCCAUUUCGGGACUCACCGCCAAGUGCCUCCACUGCCACAAAAGGGACAUCCAUGUUUGCCACAGACGUUAAGCCAAAACCUAAGCCUUCCAAUGAGCUGACAAGAGACUACACCCCUAAAGUGGGAAUGAAAACAUACACCAUAGUUCCUCAGAAAUCCCUUGAAAAACUUAGAUAUUUUGAAGUUGCACUGACACUGGAAGCCCCUCCUAAAGCUCCAGCAGAGGGACAAAACGCUGCUCUUCCUUUAGACGAGAGCGUCAAACAAACGGGACGGACGGAAGUUUCAGAAAACACUAAGGAAAUCCAUCCUGACAUACCCAGUAAAGACUUGCUGAAUAACACUAGUGUUCAACACACUUUAAAUGGGGUUAUGUCCCAGCUUCAUUCUUCAUCACCAGCACGUUUACACAGCAUAGACGAGAGCUCAUCACCAGCUAAUGGAGAGUCUCAAGCAGUUUCAUCAUCGGAGGUCAAGGAGAUGAAAAUUCCACCUGUGACUAAACCAAAGCCCACUUCUUUCCGCCUGCCACAGCUGAAAAAAACACCUGGCUAUUAUGUAACUUCAGCAGCAGAGAAAACCCCAAAUGCCGGUUCGGGGUUUGGCCUGAACGAGACUUCAGGGAGUUCAGAGAGGGCAGCACUGCCACCCCCUCCUCUCCCACCUCCUGUGCAGUGUCAACAGGAAACUGCAGAGGCCACCGGCAUCCAACUGAGCCCCAAGCAGGUUGACGGAAAGGUGGCAUUGUCCCGGCAAACUAGUCUGCCGCUGAGGGAGUCAAGCGCAGGGUUGAGCGUGGAAAAAUUAAGGAGUUUUGCAGCCCCUAAACCUUAUUCUCCUUUAACUCCGUCCCGCUUCGCCCAGGCCGUUUCCUCUGCUGUAAGACGGAGCCAGUCUCUGUCGCAUGGGCCUAAGUCGCCUCCCUUCUUCACCUCGACACCCACCUCCCCCACUCCAAGUCUUUCAUCAAUCACAGAAACAAGAGGACUAUUCUGUCUGAAGCAGGACUGUGAAGGCAGAGAGCUGGAAAGGGACAACUCCAGUCUGCAAAGGGAGGAGGGUCUUCAAAUGGCCGGAGAGUGCAGUCCCUAAAAAAUAAAGAGUACAACCCAUCUUCCUGGACUUCUCAAGAAGCUUAAAUCGCCCCAAAAGAAGGCCUCUUCUGUGACUCUCCUUACCUUGCCAGGAUACAUAAAAAUAUGUAGAUGGUUACUUUUUUUUUCUUUUUUAAUUAAGAGAUAUUAUUGCAUAUUUUAAUGUUUAUUUAGAGUGAUAACUAUCAUGCAUUUAAUGCAGUGUUUUGAGCAAUCAGAAACUAGAGUUUCGUAAAUUAUUGCAAUUAUUUGGUUUGUAUUAUCUAAUUAAUACAGAAUGUUUAGGACAGAACAGGUAAGGUUAACACUAAAUAUGUCUUAUGUUGUACUGUAGGUCUGUAUUUAAGUAUGAGUUUUGAAUCCAAUGUAUGCAGAAAUACAGUGUGUGUAGUACACUUGGGUUGCCAUAAAGUCUCUUCUAUGUCAGGUGUUUCUUCUGUUUCAAGUGUCCUUUCCUCUGUAUUUUAAAAGCCUUUGACUGUUUAAUAAAGGCCAAUAACUUGACUGAA